GCCCCACGAGGCCAAAGGGCAGCGGUGGCGUCCGACGUGGCCCCGAUAGCGCAGGAACCCCCAAAUCCCUUCAUUCACCCUGAAGUUUCAUCUCCUAAUGAAUUAAUCGUUAAUUGCUCCUCCCCCUCGCCACCAAUUAAUUGACCCCCCCCCCCUUCCCCCAUCCCCCACAAAAGCCAUGCUGCCCCCAGAAUGGGUGCGGGCGCUGAGUGUGGUGCAGUGGAUGUGGACCUUCCUCUUCCUCGGUCCCAGCGCGGUGCUGCUGAUGGUGGCCCUGCUGUGCUCCCGUCUGUGGCUGCUGGCCGUGCUCUACUACGGGUGGUGGUUGUGGGAUUGGCACGGCCCCGAGAGAGGUCCCCGUCACAACCGUUGGGUCCGGAACUGGAAGAUGUGGGAACACUUCUGUGAUUAUUUCCCCAUCACGGUGGUACGCACAGCCCCACUGCCCCCCCACCGCAGUUACCUGUUGGCCGCCCAUCCCCACGGCAUCGCCUGCAUUGGGAUCUUUGGGGCCUUCGUCAGCGGGGGCCGGGGGGCCUGGGGGGGGCGGGGGGGCUCGGGGGGGCCCUGCCCUGGCCUUAAGCCCACCCUGGCGGUGCUGGGGGGGCUCUUCCGUCUGCCCCUGUACCGUGAAUACGCCAUGGCUGCCGGGCUGUGCCCCGUGUCCCGGCCCUGCCUGCAGAGGGUGCUGUCACAGCCCGGUCAGGCGCUGCUCAUCGUCGUGGGGGGGGCGGCGGAGGCGUUGGACCCCGGGGACCCCGAAUGCCCCCGCGUCACCCUGAAGGGGCGGUUCGGCUUCGUGCGGAUGGCACUGCGCUACGGGACCCCCCUGGUGCCCGUCUUUGUGUUCGGGGAGCUGCAGGCGCUGCCCCACAUCUCCUUCCCUGAGGGCUCCCGGCUGCGGCGGCUGCAGAGGGCGCUGAAGGCCCUGCUGGGUUUCGCCCCCUGCGUGUGGAGGGGGAGGGGGGGGCUGCCUCUGCUGCCCCACGCUGUGCCCCUCACCGUGGUGGUCGGAGCCCCCCUGGAGGUUCCCCGCCUCCCCCGCCCCCCCCCCAGCGCCGUGCGGCGCCUCCACGGCCGUUACGUGCGGGAACUGCGGCGCCUCGUGAGGCGGCACGCGCCGGGGGCGGGGCUUCCCGAGGGCGGGAAUCUCAGCGUCAUCUGAGCCCAUUCAUAAAGGAGCGACCCGGGAGGGAUGAAUGGACCCCGAGAGACGGGGGGGGGUGAAUGAACGAACGAACGAACGAACGAACGGAGGAAGGACGGACCCCCCAGGAGCGAAUGUAACCCUUAAUAAACGCGUCGCUGUCA